AUGGCUCAAGCACUUGACUACGCCCUGGUGUCUCAACCGGUAACGAAGAAAGCCACGCCAUGGAGCAAUCUUCUUGUAGGAGCCGGGAUGAACAUAUUCCAAGUUACUACGCUGGGUCAACCGAUGGAGGUGAUCAAAACACACGUCGCUGCGAACAGAGGUGACUCAUUGGCAGAGGCCGUUCGCCAGGCUUGGAUUCGUGGAGGAGUUCGUGGCUUUUAUCAAGGUCUUAUCCCAUGGGCAUGGCUUGAGGCCUCGACCAAAGGCGCCAUCUUGAUUUUGACAUCUUCAGAGGUCGAGUACUACGCCAAGAAGCAUUUCAAUGCAUCAAACACUGUCGCCGGCGGUCUCGGUGGUGUCGUUGGUGGUGCUUCGCAGGCUUACUUGACCAUGGGUAUGACAACGUGCAUGAAAACCAUCGAAGUAACCAGAGUGAAGAAUGCCGCGCCAGGUGGCCGCAUCCCUGGCACGAUGGAGACCUUUGUUCACAUCCUAAGGACUCAAGGAAUCCGCGGUGUCAACCGAGGAGUCAACGCCGUGGCAUUGCGACAGAUCACGGGCUGGUCGUCCCGAAUCGGCAUUGCGAGGCUCGCAGAGAGUCCCAUCCGCGCAUUACGGGGAAAGAAAGACUCGGAAAGGCUGAACUUGACCGAGAAGAUUUGCGCUUCUACAGUGGGAGGGGCCCUAAGCUGUUGGAACCAGCCGUUCGAGGUCGUUCGCGUCGAGAUGCAAUCGUUAAAAGCAGACCCUACGAGACCAGCAUCACCAACUAUGUUGUCCACAGCAAAGCACAUUGUACAGACAUCAGGACCUGUUGGAUUGCUUCGAGGAGUAGUUCCCCGUAUUGGAGUCGCCACUUGGGCGACGAUAUGCAUGGUCGGAUUGGGGGAUUCGGUCAAGGAAGCUGUUGCCGCAAGGAGCAAAACUAGUAGGAAUUAA